AUGCUGAGAAAGCCGCUGGGAGCCGGAAAACGCCCCUUCUUCUUGAGGCGGUUUGCGCGGGCACGUGUUGAUGGUGCGAGUGGCGCGGGAGACGAUGUGAGUCUCAUCGUGCACGCGGACUUCCACGAUGACAAGCUUUCCCAAACUGCACUCACAACAAGCGCGGAGCUUGUGCAGCAGUCACCAGAGGCACUUUUGAAUAAUGCCAAUCGUCCUCUCCUUGUGCCUCUUCUGCAAUUGUUACGCCGACGUGGGGCAUUAAAUGAUAAUCGUGUACGACAAGAGAUUGUACGAUUUCUUGUACCAUCGGUUCAUCGUGAUUAUUUAUCAUGGCUUUGGGGUGACAAUGUAGAGUCUACAGGUUUGGUGGAAGCGGGUAAUAUUACUGCGUUACGUUCUCUCCCUCCCUUUGCUUGGAGGGCAACUAUUGAACAGGGAAAACCAACUGAACCAAGUGAGUUAUUACACUACUGGCAUCAGGUAUUCUUUGCACUUUCUGCUAAUGCUGUUUUUGCAGAUGUAGGUUUUUUUGACGAAGGUCAUAGAGAACUUUUAUCUAUUAUACAUGACUACUACGUCGAUGUUGCGCGUUUACAAAGGCUUUUACCAUUAUUAGAUGAAACUAUUGUUAUAACUCGUAUGCCUCCUGUUUUUGUACGUAAACUACGAAAGUUUUACGUGGAACGAUACCGUCUUUUACAAUAUGCGGAACUUUUUCGUGCUAUAGUAGAUGGUGAAGAACUUGUUAUGCCAACUUAUGGUACCGCAUUACUUAAUGAUGCAGAGGUCUUUGAAUAUUAUAUAACUAUACCAGGUCGCCGUGAAUCUGGAAUAGAACGUGAUGAACGGUGGUCUUCUACGCUUGCGUAUGCGAUGUUUGCAUUUUCAAGAUUAUUUCGUCAGCAGAAAUGGCAAGGAAGUGAAAUAGAUGCAAUAAUGACUCGACCUGCUACUCUUUUUAUGAAUGUCUGCGUUUUUUCUAAAAACGAUAACGCAGAAGGUGAAAGAUUUCGAGAAGCUAUUUUAGCUGUAAUGCGUGUGUUUCAUACACAUUACCGAAAUGAGAGUAAAAAUGUAAUAAUUGGAAAUAAUUCCUUUCUUGCAUAUGAUGUUUUAAGGAUUCUUCGUGAUACAGGUGUUGAUAGUAUGUUAGCUAAAUGUAAACGUCUACAUUUUGGUCCCAUACAUGGACUUUUAGAUGUUUGUACUUUGGCCGCUGUAACAGAAAUGCUUCUCUGUGGUGAAGAGGAAACUGAGGGAAAACAAUCUCGAGGUUACUUUGAUUUUGAAGAAUUGGAGGUUCUUCUUAGUUCACGCAAAAAUAUUGGUACUGAAAUGUACAAUGCUGUGAAAAACCAUAAAUGUCACCGAUUUGCUGCUCAUUAUGGAGUUUUAAAUUUGAGUCCUCGUAUAAAAAAGAUACUUGAAGAAGUUGUACAAUCAUCUUCUUCAUUGCAUCGUUAUACUAAUGAGUUGUCAAGGUGGGUAACAUUCAUUGGUUGGCCUCUGCGUUUAACGAUGCAAGAUAUUUUACCAAAUAAGGAACUAACCUUAUCGAUUCAGAAGAGUUUAAUUGAGAAUCCAGUGGAAUAUUGGCAGUGUGGAUGUCAAUAUAUGAACCCUACACGUCCAAAAAGUAUUUCUUGUAUUGGUUGUGUUUCACGGGAUUUAGUAGAGCACCAGUGGAUAUGUCCUCAUUGUUCAUGGGUCUCUGCAUCUGGGGAUUACGUUAAUAUUUGUUUAAGAUGUCGUCAACCCCAUCCUAACUCCCAAGCACGUGCCAGAGAAAAUGAAAUAAAUGACCCGUCCGCAAAGAGUCAAUCAAAUUCUCUGAUUUGGUACUGCAACUUGUGUUCAUCUUACUCACCUUUGGUUUGUGAUGGUACAGAAACAACACAGGGAUGUAUUGAUUGUGGUACUGUUGGUAAUGGCUGGUCGGUAAGUUAUUUUGAUUGGAAGUGUGGCUGUGGAGAGAUGAACUCUCCUUUUAGACGCUGGUGCUACGCAUGUAGUGUGCAUCGUCAACACGCAUGUUGUCAGUGUCUUAACUGUAAACAACCCUGGACGCUUUCUCCACGUGGAACAAGAGAAAGAACAGAGAGUCAUUCUGGUUGUUUUUCUUCGUCUUCUUCCCUUUCAUGUUCUUCUUGUUUAUCGUGUGGUGACCCUCACCCGCGUGAGACUGCAGCCUGGCAACGUCGACUCCUACGUUGUCCACUCUGUCACUCCCUCACCAGUACGGAAACAACAAGAACAACAAGAACAAUUACUGGUGUUGAUAGUAAUAAUAAUAGUAAUAAUGAUAGUUCGGAACUUGACACUAUUACUACUACUACUACUACUACUACUGGGACUGUUUGUCAACACUGCUCUCACUCUUUGACAGUUCUUCGGCAGUUCGUGGCGCUGCAGCCCGACUGGCCGUGGCGGUGUCAUUCCUGCGGCCGCCAUCAACACAUCCGCGAUAGCGAUGGUGCACUAAUAACAGUGAUGGGGCAAACACAACCACCAGAGACGACAGAGACAUGCGGGAACUGCGGUACGAUUCGACUCGAUCCAGUGUUGUUUGACCGGCAUGCCACGUGGUCGUGUGUGAAGUGCGGUGAAAGGGCGGUGCAUGGAUUCCAUUGCCAUCGUUGUCUUUCGCUACAUCCUGCUAUCCCAGAGACGGAAGUUCAUGCAUGGCGUUGUGUGACUUGUUUAACCAUAAACAGCGGCUGGAAUGAUGUUUGUCAACGUCCCGACUGCGGCGUGCGGAGGUCUGUGGACUCCACUCCAUUACCGUAUUCACCAUGGCGGUGUUGUAGUUGUGGGGAAUACAGCCGAACAACGCAGAUUCCACAGUGUGAACACUGUAAUGUUAUUAAGGCAGCGCCUUUAGCAGCAAUACCAGCACCAGUACCAUUACCAACAAAAUCGGUUUCAGCAUAUAAUGUGGCUGAAAGACGCGCCCAACGACUUGCAGAAGUGGAGACGCAACUUCUAAACGCAGCAGCUCUUAUGGAUGAAGAUGAGCAAAAAAAUGAAGAUGGAUCUAAGGUGAAUGCAGAGAAUAACCUGACUGACGAAUGGACGCAAUUUGUUGCAGAUGGAGUUCGUCUUGCCAUACCCCUCGGGUGA